CCUCCUCGUCAUUGCGUCUGUGUUGACACCGGCCAUUCAACAGAACCCCACAGAGCAGCUUUGAUUGCCGUAUUCAGGCUCCCGCUCCUUGAGUUCCUGUUUCCGCUGCAGCCCUUCUCUGCUGCCUUCUUGGAGCCACAAUCUACGGCUGCUUGUGCCCCAGUCCCAGCGUCCCGCAUCCCUGCUCGGAUGCCUCUGGAGGCCGGAAAGUCAUACCGAGUGUUACUUCACUCCACUGUGAUGAGAACGAAGGAGAAAGGAAAGGUGCUGGAAGGUUGCAGCUUGGACGACCCAGUCCCAAUGGAGGCAGCAGCCAGUGUACAAGUGUAAAGAGCCAAAUAGACUCGUCCCAGACCCAACCUUCUGAGACCCAUUACCAGGAUGUAACUUUAAUAGGAUCAUCGAGUUGGACUGGAGGGGCCUUUCGCAGUUGAGUUGGAUAAACUGGUCAAGCAGAAGCCGGGUGGUCGGUGAGGACAUCAACCAAGCCAUCAAGAUAGUGACUUUAGUGGACUAGCAAUGGUCUAGCACACAGGAAGGACUGAGUUAUUGCAGGAGAAGCACCCUUCGCCUUUUAAUAAACACCCCCAAGCCACAAGUGAACAGUUUUACUUUUAUCUGCCGUUUCUCCUUGUUGCAACAAUGCCAAUACCAAUGUUAGCGCUGGGGUCUUUGUGGUGACGGGACCAAAAGUGUCAGCAUCCGGCUGCGGGGUCGGCGGGUGUGCAGAAACACCAUAAGGAAUUUUUGGGAAAGUGUGGUCCAAGCAUGCGCCCCUGGGCAGGUUCAUGGCGUUGGAUUACCCUGGUGCUGCUGGCCUGGGGCACGCUCCUCUUCUACAUCGGUGGACACUUGGUGAGGGACAGCGAGCAUCCAGAGCGCUCAAGUCGGGAGCUCUCAAAGAUCUUAGCCAAACUAGAGCGACUCAAGCAGCAGAAUGAAGACCUGCGGCGAAUGGCCGAAUCUCUGAGGAUACCGGAGGGCCAGGCAGAAGCUGGGUCCUUGGCAGCAGGAAGGCUGCGCUCCCUGGAGGACCAGCUAACCCGAGCCAAGCAGAAGAUCCACAGCUUCCAGAAACUCACUGGAGAUGGCCCCGGACCCACUCAGGAGGAGCUGCGGAGAAAGGCAGAAAACGGCGUUAAGGAGUUCUGGUAUUUUGUACGCAACGAAGUGAAGAAACUGGCUAACACUGAGCUCAGCGAGAGGCAGAAGUAUGCCGACACACUCCUGCAGGACUUGGGCCACCAGGAGAGGUCCAUCAUGACAGACUUGUACUACCUCAGCCAGGCCGACGGAGUUGGUGAUUGGAGAACAAAAGAGGCUAAAGACCUGUCGGACCUGGUGCAGAACCGCAUCACCUACCUGCAGAACCCCCCAGACUGCAGUAAGGCAAGGAAGCUGGUGUGUAACAUCAAUAAGGGUUGCGGUUAUGGCUGCCAGCUCCACCAUGUCGUCUAUUGCUUCAUGAUUGCUUAUGGCACUCAGCGCACGCUCAUCCUGGAAUCACACAACUGGCGCUACGCCCCCGGAGGCUGGGAGACCGUUUUUCUGCCCGUCAGUAACACCUGCACUGACCGCUCUGGAGCCUCCACUGGACACUGGUCAGGGGAGGCUCAUGAUAAGGACGUUCAGGUUGUGGAGUUGCCUAUAGUGGACAGCCUUCACCCUCGACCCCCUUACUUACCCCUGGCAAUCCCAGAAGACCUGGCCCCGCGCCUGCACCGUCUGCACGGCGACCCGUCCGUCUGGUGGGUGUCCCAGUUCGUCAAAUACCUGGUUCGUCCUCAGGGGUGGCUGGAGAAGGAGAUCCAACAGAGUACUGCCAAGCUGGGCUUCAAGCAUCCCAUCAUUGGAGUCCAUGUGAGGAGGACUGAUAAAGUGGGGACUGAGGCAGCUUUCCACCCCAUAGAGGAGUACAUGCUCCACGUGGAGGAACAGUUCCAGCUUCUGGCCAGACGUGUUCGUGUUGACAAAAAACGAGUUUACCUGGCCACCGAUGAUCCCUCCCUGCUGCAAGAGGCUAAGACCAAGUAUCCAGACUACGAGUUCAUCAGCGAUAACUCCAUCUCGUGGUCGGCCGGAUUGCACAACCGCUACACCGAGAACUCUUUAAGAGGAGUCAUCCUCGACAUCCACUUCCUGUCGCAGACAGACUUCUUGGUUUGCACGUUUUCCUCACAGGUUUGCCGUGUGGCUUAUGAGAUCAUGCAGACACUGCAUCCGGACGCCUCCUCCUUCUUCUACUCUCUGGACGAUAUCUACUACUUCGGGGGUCAAAACGCCCACAAUCAAAUUGCCAUCUACCCACACCAGCCGCGCAACAGCGAGGACAUUCCCUUGGAGCCUGGGGAUGUGAUCGGCGUAGCCGGAAACCACUGGGACGGAUAUUCCAAAGGCAUCAAUCGCAAACUGGGCCGCACUGGCCUCUACCCCUCCUACAAGGUCAAGGAGAAAAUCGAGACUGUGAAGUACCCGCUGUACCCCGAAGCAGACAAACUGCUCAAUUCUCAAAAGAAGUAAAACAGGAAAAUGAGAGUCUUAAAAGAAAAAAAGAAGAAGAAGAAGAGUGGAGAAAUGAGUAUUCUCCAGUUUCAGGGAAGGAGGCUGCUUUUGUACAGAAGAGAAAAGAAAGGCGCGCUCGCUGCGCUCGGCUAAGAAGAAAAGAAAAAAGCCUAAACCCAUGGGUGAAAGGAAUGAAAAUGCACUCUGUGCGUGUUUCUAUGUGAGAGCGUGUGUGUGUUCCUGUGUGCGCACUCGUGUAAAUGCUUGUGCAUAUGUCAGGUCACGGACGACUUGCAACCCCCCCCCCCCCCCCCCCCCUCUUCCCGCCCUGCACCUGACGUUGUGACUCCGGGUCCGUAGAGAUGUAGACGUGAACAUCAAUUUUUAAAUAAAGCAAGAAAAACGAUUAAAAUCUACACAACUGACUGAGAUUUCCCCCCAUCAGCGGGACUACUGUAAGAUCGGCACGCUCCAGUGUAAGCGGUGACUGAAAGAGGAAGAAAAAAAAAUGGCAAUUUGAUUUUUUAUUUAAUUCUUUCCAGUGUUUUGGAUUUUAUUCUUGCCUUUUUCUGAUUUUUUUAUUUUAUUUUUAUUUACUGAAUGUACUGUAAACUCCUUAUGCCAUGCUCCAUCCUCUGCUUCCUCCAUCCUCACGUGCAAUUAAUUUGACAAAAACCACAUUGUGCUUUUUAUCAACUGUCUUAACUUUGCGUGAAUGGGGCUUGUGCAUAAUAUACUGUAUUAUGUGUGUGUGUGUGUGUGUGUGUGUGUGUGUGAGAGAGACAGCGAUAGGAUGGAUGUGUGGGAUCAAGAGUGCCUGUGCGUGUCGGGGCCACGUCACCAGCCGGUGCCUGGUGGACGAUGUUUCUGCUUUUGCUCGGACUGAACCAUCCUCAGCACUUGGAGAGGAGCGGGGAGCUCCAGCCGCUCCGCUGGGGGCCAUCAGCAGAACUCGAAAGCAGCCCUCACCAUAAGAAGCACUCCACUGAUAACAUGACCUUUGCUGUUCCCUCUGUCCAUCUUCGCCAUUUCUUUGGUUCUUCUGUUGUUGUUUUUUUGUUCUUGGUUUUUUGUUUUUUUACUCUGCUGUUUUUGAAGCAAAAGGAAAAUAUGCCGAUGUUUAAAAAAAAAAAAAAAGAAAAAGGCUUUGCCAUAUCAAACUCCCCAUAAUGAAGGCUUUUUCUGAACUCUUGUUCUCGGGCAUUGUCUUUGAUAACCACAGAUCAAAUAAACUUGAGAAACCAACACAAUA